AGCUGCAGUUUAUUGACACACAAAGCCUCUAAAACUCGCUCAAAAUCAGCCUGCCAGUAAUGAGAAGCACGGCAUGGCAGACAGACAGGACAAUGAGGUGGAGGAGGCUGAGCAGGUGUACCUGCUGAUGAAAGAGGAGUACAGGAUUUCACGCAACGUGCGUCUGUCCUGGUUCCUCAACCGGCUCAAUCAGGUCGUUCGGUCCAGUCCACCGUCUGAGCUGCUGAAGUCAGAGGAUGAGCUGGAUGUUUUGAGCGUCCUCCCGAAAGGAUGGCAGCCCGACUCUUCUUCCUCGUCCUGCCCGUGUUUGCUGGUUCCCUCCACACGCGUCACCUUCCUGGCGCGCAGGUACCGCUUCAUCAUCGAGCUGGACCUGAGCCCGUCCACCGGGAUCGUGGAUGACAGCACAGGAGAGAUGAUCUUUGAUGAAGUCUUCCACGCUCUGUCUCGGUGCUUGAUUGGUCUGGCAAAACCCUUUAAAGUCCCAGGAACUGAUCACGUGUUCCAGCCAGAGAUCUUCAUCACUAUUCUGGCGUAUUCCUCCAUCAUUGGCCUUAGUUCUCACCAGGUGUUAGUUCAGGGCUGUCAGCUGGACUGUAUGGAUUUGGAGCAGUUCUUGCAUCAGAUCUAUCAGCAGCUGAGAGCCGUGGAGAGCAACAUCGCGGACGUCCUACAGCAGCAGCACAAUCAGGAACCGUCUCAGAGGAAGCCGGGGGUUUCCAUGGUGACGGCAGAUGUCGGGCUGGUCAGCAUGGUGAGGCAGGGCAUUCUCGCGCUGCAACUUCUGCCUCCAAACUCUGGUGCAGGUAUAAUAAUCAUCACAGACGGAGUGACGAGUGUUCCUGAUGUUGCUGUGUGUGAAACGCUACUGAACCAGUUAAGAAGUGGAACCAUUGCCUGUUCGUUUGUCCAGGUGGGCGGUGCUUACUCCUAUGACUGUAGUUUUGGCUACAUCCCCAAUGUGGAGCUGAUGAAGUUCAUCUCCAUGGCAACCUUUGGCUCCUACCUGUCCAUGUAUCCAGAGUCCGACUCUACAGGCGACGAGAUGAACGCUUACCACCGCGCCUUCCUCACAUACUCCUUCCUGAGGCCCGGCGAGUCCAUGAACCCAGAGUACUGCUGCUUCUCCCAGCACAGGCUCUUUAAUGAACACCUGGUGUCGGCCAGUGGAAACCCCGCCUUAGUGAUGCGCAGGAAGAAACACACGGAGAAAGAAGUGCACGCUGACUUGAUCAGUGUGCUGUCCAUCAGACUGCGAGAGGGAUACACCAUCCGGGAAAUCAACAUCACUAAAGGAGGAAGUCAGCUGGAGGUGAAGCUGGUCCUCCUCUGGAAGCAUAACAUGCGUAUCGAGUACCUUGCCGUGGCGUCUUGGCCCCUGAAUCCAGUCAAACGCACCACCUGGGUGGAGGUGACCAUAGAGGGCAGCUACGACAUCCUCCAUGACAUCAGCUGCACCAUGCGGAAACCAAUCACAAGCCCCUACCGGACGUCUGUCAUCCGCCGCUUCUGGAACACUCUGCAGAGCAUAAAUCAGACAGAUCAGAUGUUGGUGCACCUGCAGUCCUUUAAUUCCAUCCCAGAACACUACACCAUCCCCGAAAGCACGAAAAAUGGGGUUCCUCUGUUUUACAUCCCACCUGGAUCCAGCACACCGGUCCUCUCCCUCCAGCACAGUGGCUCUAAAGACUCCAGCCAAUCACAGUUUGCCUCCUACUGGAAGCCCAUCCUGUCCAUGGAUGCCAACUUCUGGCAGCGCUGGCUGCACAUGCAUCGCAUCGCUAUCCUUCUGGAGCAUGACAUCCCGGUCCCAAAGCACGUGCACAACGCUGGCAGUAACGGUCGCUUCAGUACCAUCCAGUGUCGCAUCUCUCACUCGGCGCUCACCUCGCUGCUCAGGGACUGGAGCAGUUUCGUCCUGGUGGAGGGAUACUCAUACGUCAAACUUAUCUACAGUGCCUCUGAGCUGCCCCCCGUCUCCUUCUAUCUGGUGCGUCUGAUCUCUAAAGCUCCCUGCAUGGUGCUGCGAUUGGGCUUCCCGAUAGGGACUCUGGCACACUCCAGGAACAAGAUUGUGGAUGAACUUCGUGAGCAGAUCCUUCGGCUGCGGUUCCCUCAUCGAGUCCAGAAUAAGGAGGCCACGCCAAAAACCAAGCGGAAGAUUCUGGGUAACGCGUCGCCCUCCAUGUCGCCGCCUCUUUCUGUGCCCAAACCGGCGCUGUCUGACCGGCCGUGUGUGGUGGUGCUCAACAAACCUCUGGAAAAACUACUGAUCAGGUACGAGAAACUUCCGUCAGAUUUCCGCACCCCUUUCAUCUUAAACAUGGAGCCCUUCGCUCAGCCGCCCAUCAUGGGCGCCCCUCUCAGCAUGGCUGCCAGCAGGACGGCGUCCUCCACCAUGGCGUCUCUGUCCCGAUACUUCCUGCACCAGCGCUGGGUUUGGGCCGUUCAGAACGGCCCGGGAACCGCCGUGUCGCUGCACGCAGUCGCUCAUAUCCUCUCCAUGCUCUCCGAUAUUCGUCUGUCGGAAGGCUUCCACUUUGCCGCCAGCGGAGAGGGUAUCGUCAACAUGGUGUCAGAACUGCCAAUGCAGGUGAAAAGUCCGUCAGCUGAUUUGGACGGAGAAAAACACACCUGCAUUGUCCAGUACAUCCUUUUCCCACCUCAUUCCACUUCUACCAAGGACAGUUUCUCCACAGAUGAUGACAAUGACACUGAGGUGGAGGCCAUAGAUGUGGACACAGAGCUGAGUUUGGUGACGGAGUGCUGGGUGGAGCCUCAGAGCGGAGCUGUCUGCAGCUCACUGGAGCAGCAGAGACACUUUGAGAAGCUCACGUAUCAGGAGAUCCCUCAGGCUAUUUUUCCCCGUGAUCUGUCGUGCAUGACGACGAUGAUCACAUUCGAAUACCUCAUCCAGCUGUGUCAGAAUAAAGAGCAGGUGUGUCCUCUCAGCAGCGUCAGAGAUGCUCCAGGCGAGAUCCCUGCCGCUGCUGCUGAUGACUGCAUACACACUGUGCCUUUCCAGUUCGACCUGAUGAAACUCUUGCCCAAGUGCCAGCAGAUCGAGCUCUUCUUCUACACCUUCAGCCGAGAGGGGCAGGAGGACGCCUCCCGUAGCACCUCCUCUCUGCCCAACGACCUCCUCCUCAGCCUCUUCCACGGCUCGCUGCAGAACGAGCUCAGUGAUCGAGAGAUCCUGUUGACUGACGGCGAUCAUGUGGCGUUCAUGCAUCACAUCCUAGAGCGGGAAAGAGAUGGCCACGUGGCUCCAUUCUCACUUCCUGUCAUCAAAGAGGAGAGCUUGAAGCAUCUGGAGAGGCAGGACACUGUUCUGUCUUUCCACACGAUUGGAAGCAGUAAAGAGGUGACGGGCUCCUCCAGCACACUGCAGAGCUUCAGUAAUGCAGAUCUUGUGGAUGACGAGCCAGCUGGCGCGGAGCAGGACUGCUUAUCUCCUCACUGGAAAUGUUACGCCAAAUACAUCAGUCAUCAGCAGAUCCUGCUCACUUUCCUGCCAGCUACAUUCACAGAUGUGCAGAUUUUGAUGUCGUCUGGGCUGGAAACUGAACCUCCAAUCAACAGCAGUCUCCUGGAAGAGGAGGAGACCUGUAGUCACGGCAACGGCCAAUCACAGGCCGACUCCUUCAGCAGCUCUGCCAAUGGUCCACAGGUUGGAACAGGUCAACAUGGAGAAGACAGGAAGGGGUCCACAGUGGAAGCAGGAGUGAACACAAGUGAUGCUGCUUCAGAGGAGAAGGACGGCGUUCAGUUUGUGGAGCCUCAGAAGCGAGACUGUCACAUCACGUUCAGCAGACAGGUGUCUCAGCAGAGCGGCGGCGACGCAGCACGACCCCGCUGCCCCAUCUACAUCUACAACUGCUCCCUGGAGUCCCUCAAAGAGCAGCUGGUCCACCCGCGCUCAGGACGCCAGCCCAGAGACGUCUUCUUCAGAGCUCAAGAGACAGACUCCUGGGAGUUCAGUCAGCAGCCCAAAUACAGGUCAAUCUCUCAGGAGCGCAGCAGCGCCUGCUCCUGGACUGAGCUCAUGACGCACCCUCACAAACACAAAGAACUGGCCAACUACUGCAGCUUGCUGCAGGAGCACUACUACCAGAGCUAUGUCAAAGGUGUUUAUCGCAGUCUGCAGCAGUCGCACAACGUGAGCUCGCAGGACUUACUGACAGCUAUGGACUACUGCGAGGAGUCGCUGCAGGAGAUCGACAUCACUUCCUUCCUGCAGACGCUCUGCGGACACGUGCGUGUGUUUCGUGAGCGUCACGAGCUGCAUGGCUCUGUCAACGUAAGCAAGUCCAGUGACGCUUCCACCACCUUCAUCAUCGGAGAGGGAGAGGAUGAUGGAGCUGACAGAGCCACGCUGGUGUCUUCAUCCAGUAUUGAGCUGGAGGAUGUGAGUGAAGCGGAUUCCAGUGGGAAAGUCUCUGCUCCCACAUCCCCGCUGGACCUGGACGAACCGAAGUCUCCAAAAAUCCCAGAAUUCCCUCUGUCGCUCCUCCAGUCCCAGCAGAAAUGUGACGUGUAUCCUGAUUUGCACAAAAUCAUACAGGAUAAGUUCAUGGAAAUUGGUGCUCAGUAUUUCAAGACUGUACCGUCCAAUCCACAUUAUUUCUUUUACUGCCUUCCAUCUUCCAAAAAAGAGGAGGAUUUGGACCGAGAGGGAGAGCGGAGAGCCAGUGAGGACUGUGAGGUGUCUGAAGCUGAACUCGCCACAGAAGACGAGAACGUGUCGGGCUGCUGCAUCGUGACGGAGAGUGACACGGAUCUGGAGGUGGAGUAUCAGGAUUGUGGGAAUGGCAGAGGACAGGGAGCAGGUGAAGGCGAGUCUCCGUCGGACUCCAACACGGUGAACCAGGACGAGGACUCCUUCAGUAUUCUGGACGGAGACUCUCUGCUGGAGGUGGAGGGUCCGCAGCCGGAGAUGCCGCCUCUGUUCGUGCACCUCACCUGCUCCGUCAACAUGAAGAGCUGCCAUGGCUCCAUGCCCACGCAAACCCUGCCAACCUGUCUGGGUGAAGUCAUUACCUGUCUUGAGGACGCUGAGAGUCUUCAGUCGGUGGAUCUGAACGAGUUGUCUGUCACGCUUGAUAUCUUCGUGCUCACGUUACCUCUGGACAUCGAGGUCAUGGCUCCUGACUUCCACCACAACAGAUACACGUCUGAGAGCAGCGUGUCUCUGAACCGCUCUCCUGGACAGCCCUCGUCCUAUCGCUCUGACGAGGAGCUCAUGGCUAAUCUGGACGGCCUGCGCGGGGUCGGUGUGGAAAGUAUGUCUGGAGAUCCGCUGUCCAAACUUCCUAUUCCACACAAAAUGGCUGUUUUAGCCACCAUGGAUGAGGUGGAGUGUGGAGACACGCAGAGGGCCGAGGAGGACACGCGGCCUGCAGCAGCUGAUUCAGUCAGCAAGUCUCACUCUGAGACCUCUGACCCCGGGCCGAUCAAACAGGCCGACGCGGAAGAGACUCGACCUCAGAGUGCCAUCAGCAGCGCUGCUCACCUGCAGGCAGGCAGCAGCAGCACCGAGCACUCGUCUGAUCACACGUCCCCUCCAAAAACCCCCUCCGCUGCCAGCCUGGCCGAGUCCGUGCAGUCCACCACACACAGUGAGUGUCACGAGAAACCAGCGUCAUCUGAGUUUACUGAGAGCCUGCUGGUGGAGUGUGGAGACACGCAGAGGGCCGAGGAGGACACGCGGCCUGCAGCAGCUGAUUCAGUCAGCAAGUCUCACUCUGAGACCUCUGACCCCGGGCCGAUCAAACAGGCCGACGCGGAAGAGACUCGACCUCAGAGUGCCAUCAGCAGCGCUGCUCACCUGCAGGCAGGCAGCAGCAGCACCGAGCACUCGUCUGAUCACACGUCCCCUCCAAAAACCCCCUCCGCUGCCAGCCUGGCCGAGUCCGUGCAGUCCACCACACACAGCAGUGGGAAACUGCGGCCCAGUCGAGUUCAGAGCGUCGUCUCCAGUCAAGGCAGCCUGGACUCAGACAUGAUGGGUUAUGAUGGAGGCAGCAGUGAUUCUGAGUGUGACGGACCCACUAUGAAUGAGCAGGAGAGACAGACGCCGCUCAUGCCUGAUUUCUGGCUCAUCGUCAGAAUUCAUCAGGACAGAGUGGAGGUUUUCUCUCACGCCAGGAGUUUUAACAGAGGGAAAGAGGAGGAAGAGGAGGAGAUCCCAGAGUACCUGCGUCUUCAUCAGCUGGUGGUGAGGAGGAUUGGAGAAAUGUGCCGAACAGUCAACCAGCGCCUCCUGCUGCAGGACCUGCAUGAUAGUCGCGUGUGUCACUCUCUCCUGGUGGCUGAGAGCGAAGAGGACAUCUGGAAGCACGAGUCGCUCUACCGGCCCAGGAUGACCAACUCUGACGACUACAAUGCAGAUGAGAGCUAUCAGCCGCGGGACUACCUUGCCGCUACCAUGCAGUUCAUCCCAGGUUACUUCGCCUGUGACGUGGUCUGGAGCACCGUCAUUUAUAUUCACCCACGCCUCAAAAUGGGGCCCAACAUGGGCGUGUCCCGGGCUAUCCAGGCUCUGCGCUCCGUUCUAAACGCUUUCUGUGUGGUAAACCGCAAAAACAUGUUUGUUUAUCAGGAGCGCACCACCAAAUCUGUGUUCUACCUCCGGCUCUCCGAGACGUCUCAGGCAGGGAAGUACAGUGAUUUGGAUGGAAACGUGCACGUGUCGCGCUCUGUCGGUCUGGCCCGCAGCCAGGAGCCGCUGGGCUCUGAGGACCUCACGGCAUCACGCUCUUCUCUGGAAGGCUCAAGGCUGGUUGGACUGGUGGACAAACACAUUUUGCUGCAGGUGCAUGGCGUAGGGACCGCAGGUCCAGAGAUCUCUGAUGAACUGGUGAAGGUUUUGAGGAAGCGUCUGGACGAGGCCACGCUGGACAUUAUCACAGUCAUGCUGGUCAGGAACUGCAAACUGACGCCUGCAGAUGUGGAGUUCAUUCAGCCUCCCGGUUCUCCGGCGACGGAGGUGAUGGAGUUCUGUCUGCCGCAGUACUGUGUGCCGUGGAUCCAGGCGGUGGCUCACUACCUCCGUCAGAACCUCCUCAUCUUCCUCCACAUCCCCAAAUACACUGACAGCAACAUGGAGCACCACUUUAAGCAUUACUUCCAUUUGAGCAGUGAGCUGCCCGAUCAUGACAUCUAUCUGUACAAUAAACCUGGAGGCCAGGGCACAGGAGGCAAAGGUACAAUGUCGGACCUUGUUCAGAAUCUCUUCCCAACCUCUCAGUUUCAAGGGAUCGCCUGCAUCGUGCUGUCAUUCGUGGACGCUAAAGGCUGUGCACUGCAGGUUCCCACUCAGGACGGCAGUGUCCCGGCUCUCAGAUGCGGCGUCUCCAGCAUCUCCCUCCAGCCGGACCAGUUCGAGGCCUUGACGACUGUCGUCAAAGUGGACUCUGGCAGCCAGAGCUCAGGUGCAGCCGUGCGAGUGCGCUUCGACGUGUGGGAGCAGGGUAACAUCAGCCCGCUGCAGCUGACCGACCGGCUCAGGGCGGCUCUACGCCACGCCCUCUGCGACGUCGUCAUGGAGAUGCGCGUGCUGCCCAACCCGUUGUGUCUGGACACCUUCUGCCUGCCUGCAGCCACCCAGCGGGACGAGAGCACAGUUGCCUUGAGUCUCCUGCAGUCUGACAGUAAGGAGGUGAAAGAGAGCGUUCGGCGGCCCAGUGGGCCCCAUGGGCUCAAGAGCAGCCCGUCUCCCAUCAGCCUGAGUUCUGUGCCCUGCUCCACCCCGACCACUGGAACCAGCACGCCCGAGUCCACCACACCCACCGGCAAAACCACGCGCCGCUUCUUCUGGGAAAUACUGAGUAAACCAGAAACUUCUGAGCUUGGCAGUCCGAAGACGACGGAUGACAUCGUACCGGAGCGUGUCGAGGACAGUCGCGUGAUUCGACGGAGACACAAGACGGAGAGCGUCAAACAGCAGUGGAACCACGAGAAAGCCAUGGCAGUCGAGCAAGAGCAGGCCCAGAGGAGACAUGCAGUCCAGCUGGAGGAGGGUGACACAGGCACUCUUCAGCCCGUCUUCCAGACCACGUACCUGCCCUGGGUCACCUUCAUGAACAGACUGGGUUGUCCGUCCAUCCAGCACUGUUCAGCUGAAGUCUCGCAUCAUUUCCUCCUGCCCUCCAUCCUCACAGAGAUCGUCAAUCUGGUGGGCUCGCUGGCCAGUGACACGGCGGUCAAAGUGUUCGAAAGAAGCAGCUGUCCUCAAGGAGACAUCUAUGUCCCCCUGUCGAUCAUCCAGCACAUCAGCCAACCACCUGGCACCACCAGGAGCUUCAUUCUCAUUGGUCGCAACUUCAGCCAAUGGCACUGCAGUACAGAACAAGCUCAUAAGGGCAUGCAGCGGUUCGAGGCUUUGGAGCACAGUGAUUGGCUGAGCCCGGGACAGGCUGUGAGGGGCGUGGCUCCACGCCAGCGCUUCCUGUACAUGCAGAUUGUCAAUAAGAAGGUGACUCUGUACACGUAUAACUGGUCGGCGGAUCUGGGCGUCUCUCUGAAUCAGGGUCUGGUCAGACUGGUGCAGUGGCAGAAUGCCCGCGCUCAUGUGGUCAACUGCCUCCUGAGUCAGAAAAUGGGUCUUUUCCAUCAUUACUGCUUCUCUGAUACGCCUACACACGAGGACCUGAAACAGCAGGAGCCCAGCCCGUUCCUGAGCUCCACGAUCGAAGCGGACGCUCUGUUGAGGAGUCCGGUUCCUCCGGCCGCGAGUAAGGAUCCGGGUCGGAUGGGCAGCUCUGCGCGUGCUCUUCCUCCUCUGGCCUUCCCCGGAGAACUCGUGCCCUUUGAUGAAGCUCUGAGAGACGUGAGCACGGUGAGGCCCCUGACCAGUCAGGACGGACCCGAUAUAGUCACUCGCCAUGGAGCCCAGCUACUGGAGGUCAAAGCUGCUGAACGCAGAGAGCUGGAGAGACAGAUGAAGAUUGAGAAUCUGUUUGUGACGUGGCAGCAGCGCUCGGCUCAGUCCAACAUGCCCAUCUCUGUGGCGGAUCUGGACACACUGAAGCAGUCCUCUCGACUGGUCCAUUACUGCGCCACUCCGCUGCUCUUCGACCCUGUCUUCCGGAAACAGAUUCAAGAGGAACAGCUGCCUCAGCCCCAGAUGAAGAAGCGGCAUCGCUCCAGUGACUCCACGGCGUCCGGCCGCGAUCGCAGCUACAGCACGGAUUCUGCAGACAUGCGUCCGAGUCGAUUGAAGGAGGAGCCGUGGCUGCAGGAGAUCUCCAGCAUGUUCCUGCAGCAAUAUGUGCAGUAUCUGCAGAGCAUGGGCUUCAUCCUGGUGCAGGUCCGGCCGCAGUCACCCGCUCGCAGCAUCGCUCGAGCCCGAGCCGCCAUGCUGAGUUCUUUAUCCACUGAAGGCAGAUCAUCCUUCUCCUCUUUCUCAUAUAAUAAGCAGAAGAGUGAAGACAGCCCCAAGAGCAAUGCAUCCAGCUCGGCAUCAUAUCACCUGCAGAGGGCGCUGCCAGGAGGAAUCGUCCUGAUGGAGCUGGCUUUUCAGGGCUGUUAUUUCUGCGUGAAGCAGUUUGCAUUAGAGUGCUCAAGGAUCCCCAUGGGUCAGACGGUUAAUUCUCAGCUGUCCAUGCUGUUCACCGAGGAGUGCGAUAAGGUGCGGGAUCUGAUGCACGUUCACUCCUUCAGCUACGACUUCCACCUGCGUGUGGUGCAUCAGUACCUCGUGGGCUGUCACAUGACCCUGCGGCAGGGGUACCAGCUCACGGCCUUUCUGGAGGACUUCAUCGCCCAUCACCCCGACAUACCAAAGUUCGGACGCAACCACGUCUUCCAGGGGAGUUUCUCCAUAUCGACGGGAAUGAUCACAGCACAUCAGCUGUAUAAUUACAUCACUGAUCACGCCGGCACUUACGGGAUGAAGCCCUUGCGCAUGUCUAAAGCUGCAGUUACCACCGAUAACAAGAAGGGGGCGCCGAGCGCAGACCUGCACGAGUACGCACUGGUCGCUCUGUGGAACAGCUCUGGCUCAUUUAAAGACUUGGAGGGAUUGCGACACCAUGAUGACUUUGACGUGUCGCUGCUGGUUUGUCAUAAUGCCGCCCCGUUUGAGGAGCAGUCUGAAGGAGAGAGACACCUGCUCAGGCUGCGUUUCUAUGUGAUCAUGACCAGUCAGAGGGAGCUGUUCCCGCGUUUGACUGCAGACAUGCGGCGCUUUAAGAAGCUUCCUCAGAUCCACCGUGACCUCGGUGACCCCGGUGACCCUGGUGACUUCAGCGGCUGCAUCCCUGUGGAGCGGAUGGAGGCUGGCAGCCCGGGGGGGCGGGAAUCUGAACUGGACCUGUGGGAGGACACCACCGCCCCCGUCACCCCUCCAGCCAGCCCUGAAUCUGACCCCAUAGAGAGCCUCCUGCACGCGGGACAGGCCGGCCUCGCAGAUGCAGACGCAGACGACUCUCAGGGGCUCUUCUACCUGUGUCCUCUCUUCCCCCUGCUCAGUUCAGAGGUGCUGUCUGCGCGCCGGCAGAUUCAGAGCAGCGUGGAGCAGGCCAUGGGUCACUGCCGCAGGGAUAACCUCUGGAGGAGGCUCUUUCACGGAGAGCACUUGGCUCUGGAUAAGCUCAAGCUCAGCAAGCUGGCCUUCGGUGAACUAGAGGAGCUGCUGGACGCUGUGCAGAGCAGAUCGGUCGCUGAGAUUGACCCGCAGCUGGACUGUUUCCUGAAUAUGAGUCCCGCCUGGUACCAGAGUCUCAUCAAAGUCCUGCUGUCCCGCUUCCCACAGAACUGCAGGCACUUUAAAGACGACUGCGGCAUACAGUACCUGGCCGUCCUGAACCAGAAGUUCACUGACUGUUUUGUGCUCGUUUUCCUGGACACACAGGCAGGAAAAACUAGUCUGAAGGUUGUUUUCAGGGAGCCGUUACCUGCGCAGACGCAGUCGAGCAGCAGUCCUCCACCGCAGCUGGUCUCCAUGUACCACCAUCUGGAGUCGGUCAUCAACACCGCCUGCUACAACCUCUGGACGGGCCUGCUGUGAGCCUGUGUUUCUGCCAGCGGUGCAUCAGACGGAGUCCAGUGUCUGAUAAAGAUUGAGCUUUGAGCUGCCUGUCGCUCUUAGACUGAGACUGAAUGUGUCUCGCGUGUGUAAUGCAUGCUGUGUGGACCAGGUUGCAUCCAUUUAAGGAAUUAAAUUGCCAAUAUUUAGCUUAGGAAAACAGCUAAAUGUGCCGCCCUGUUGAUGGAGGGUGAUUAUCCGGGAGGGUGUAUUUACUGCGUGUCAGACUCCGCUGGUUUGACAAAGCCAUACUGUCCUUCUGUAGUCUAGUGUUCAUUUGCGCUUUGUUUUUUUCCUCCAUCUCCUCUCAGUUGUUGAUGUUGUUUCUGUAGCCCGUGUGCAAAAUAUAUAUUUUUUUUUGCCCCAUCAUUUUGUGCAACAUGAUUGUCUUUACUGCCGUUUUUUCAUCCCAAAAGUGCCUUUAUUUUAUUUUCAUAUGAAAUUGAUGGGAGCUAGUGUAUUAUGUUCACCUUUCAAGAAGAAUCUCUUAAAGGGACAGUUCCUGCAAAAAUGUAAUUGUCAUCAUUUACUCACCCU